AUGAAGACCACCGCAGCACUCUCCUCCCUCGCGGCCCUCGCCAGCCUGGCCGCGGCCUUUCCAACAGCAGGAACGAACUGGGAGACCUACACCAACGACCUCGGCUACACCACCACCCGCUUCAAGCCCGGCAUGGAGCCCGGCAGUCUUGACUACGACUACCGUUUCGGAAGCUCCAACGCCACCACUGACCUGGCCUCAAUCGCCAAACGCCAGGAAUCCCGCUCAACCCAGCCCCUCGUUGGCGAGACCGCAAUUCCUUACGGCUGCCGCACAGAUAUCCCCGGCGACAUCCUCUCCAAGCUCUCGGAGAUUUGCGGCGACCUGGGCUGUGAUAGUGGCGCCAGCACGAGCGUGGAAGUUACAUAUCCAGAUAACGGCAUGGAACAGCCUGCUACGGUCAGCAUUUCCGCCGAGGGACGCUGGCCUUCUGGAAUGCAGGAGGCGAUGAUUGAAGCUGUGAAAGCAGAGGCUAUUCCUGAGGCGGUGGAGAUUGAAGAGGUCGUUUCGAUCUUCACACAGAACAGCCCUCAUAACCCGGGCCGCGAAUACCGCUGCGAUGUUUCCAAGUCAAGCAACUUCUUCUCGGUUGUGGUCCGCAACAAUGAUGAUGACGGGAUGGUUGGUCAGUUGGAUGUCUCUGUGUCUUUUACGCAGAGCAAGGAUUCGGUCAUCUGCGGUACUAUCGGGGAGGCUGGCGCUGCUAUCGUCGGAGCCAUCAAUGGCAUUGCUGGCGGCUUCUUCGGAGUCGUCCAGGCGCUUGUCUGUUAG